CGAGUAUUAGUGGCUCGAUCUAACUACUUACGUAUCGACAUGUCGGCAUCACUAGUUGUGAUUUGUGUUGAUUUGGUUGUGUUGUUUUGUUGUCAAAGAAAGAGUAGAGUACCUAUAUGUGAGUUUGUUUAGUGUUCUUUUUUUUUCUUGUCGCUUGAAUCGGCGCGGCAAAACAGUCCAUGUUUGGCCUUUUAGAAAAAAAAUAUUUUACGAUGGAAAUGGAAACGAAACAAUGCCGAGUAUGCUUAAAAGAGGGUUCCUUGAAUAAUAUUUUCAGCAAACUUGGUACAUCUACCAUAGCGAAUAACAUUAUGAACUUGGCGAAAGUUCAGGUGCAUCCAAAUGAUGGUUUACCUGAUACAAUCUGCGACAAAUGUAUAAAAACCCUAGAGACAUGCAUAAAAUUCAUUCAACAAUGCGAGGAGUCAGAUAGAGCAUUAAAAGCUUUAAUUAAAAUAAAUAAAGGCAAAACUUUGGAUAUUUCUGAUAAUUAUAACUUUGAAAAUAAUGAAGAAUUAUUUGAUGAUAUAAAAUCAUCAGUAAAUAAUGAUAAUUAUGAAUUAUCCGAGGAGUGCAAUAAGAAAGAUUCUUUUCUUAGUAAUGUACUUUCAAAUGAUGUACAAAAGUCUAUAAAGGAAGAAUCAGUUUCUCAAAUAAUAGAUGAAAAAAAGGCUCGACAACAACAGUGUUUCACUUGUGGAAAAGUCAUGUCGUCCCGGUUUCGCUUAAAAACACAUUUGAGAACGCAUACUGGUGAGAGGCCUUACUCAUGUCCACAUUGCAACAAAAACUUUUCUUUGGCCCAAAACCUGAAAGUACACCUUCGAGUACAUACGGGUGAGAAGCCACUCCAAUGCCCGACGUGUGGCGCGGCGUUCGCUCACUCCGCGGGUCUGGCGGCGCACGUCCGCAAACAUUCUGGCGAGCUGCCAUAUCGAUGUGUGCUGUGCCCACGCAGUUUCCGCACCGUCGGCCACUUACAGUAUCACAUACGACGUCACACAGGAGAGAAAAACUUCGAGUGCGACUCUUGCGGGCGAGCGUUUAUAACUCGAAGCGAUUUAAAGCAGCACCUGCUAACACACACAGGGGAGAAGCCCCACGUGUGCUGCAUAUGCGGCCUGCGGGUCACCAGAGCCUCGCAUCUCAAACGACACGUCCAGCACGCCCAUAAAGAGUUGCCAUGUAAAGGCUGCGCAAAAAAAUUCACACAUAAGGCCGAAUUAGAUAAACAUGCAAAGGAACAUUGCGAAAGUACCACUAAAUGAUUGUAAAUAAUAUUACAACUACCUAUUGACAUUAACUAUAUUAUAGUAAAAAGUGCAUUAUUAUAAUAGGUGGAUUUUCUUAAUAAAUUGCUAGGUAUUAAAUAGUUUGUACUGUCUCUAUUUAUAAUAAAGAAUUAUUUUCAA